AGCAAUCACUUCGUUAAGGCCUUUUAAAAAUAGGCCCCUACUCCAUCGAUUUCGCUCGGGGUUUUGUAUUUGCCUAUCGUACACUAGCGUUGUAUUUAAAGGUCGUUUUAUGUAGUCUUUCGGGCUUUUUAGAUCAAGGUGACAGCCAGGGCAGCCAGGCGUGCAUUUUCAAACAGUCGAAGGGACGCUGCUGCUGCUCCUACUCACGCGCGGACAUAAAAGUCCUGUGCUUUGAUAACCUUGUGCGCCUAUUCAAAGACACUGCUUGACGUCUAGGUGUGGUCGGGAGUACCUUCUAACACGCAGUACAUGUGAAAAAUUGAACAAGCUACCGUGAGUGAUCGACUAAAGUAAGCAGGCAUUAAGUCGAGACAAUUUGAAAAUAGAGUGAUAAGGGGUGACCUUGGAUAACCGCUGCUGGGCUCCGUUAUAUUUUACUGGUCACCGAUCUCACUUCACACAACAAGGUCGCCAUUUUCAGUCCCGGUUUAUUUGCACUUAUACAGAGUAGGUCAUAGUUGCAGUGCAGCCUUCGUUAGCAUGGAUUUCUUCAUCCUACCGUCUUGGUUAGUUGUCGUGGUGGUUGUGGCCGUCCUGACCAUCAUCUAUCUACACUACAGCAAGGACAACAGGCGGAAGUUUGGCCUACCUGGGCCACCUCCUUUGCCAGUGUUUGGGAACAUGAUAGAUAUGUUUAUGUACGGCUUUUGUGACUAUGAUCGUCAUCUUAUUAAGAUGUACGGCAAGGUGGUUGCGCUGUCUACAGGUGUUUUGGGGAACUUUUUAGGGGACAUUGUGAUCGCAGACACAGAUAUGUUAAAAGAGGUGAUGGUGAAACAGGCUAGCAUUUUCUCGGAUCGGAACGCAGAUCCGGACACAGUUGUGGCACCUAUGGAUCAAUCGGUCUUAUCAGUGAGAGGUGAACAUUGGAAACAGAUGCGAAGCACGUUGACUCCAACGUUCAGUUCUGGGAAACUCCGACACAUGGAGGCAAUGAUUCUGAAGUGCGCCAACACCUUGAUCAAGAACUUGAAGAAGAAAGCCGAAGCUAAAGAGAGUUUUGAUAACUUAGUCUGGGGCUGCUACACGAUGGACGUGAUAUGUGCUACAGCUUUUGGGAUCGAGGUUGACUCAUUGAAUAACCCUAACCACCCCUAUGUUACAAAUGCCGAGCGUGCUAAUAGUUUUAAAAUGACAGACCCCGCAGUGAUUGGCUUUUUAUUUUUUCCACGAUUGAUGAAAAAAUUACAACACAUUCUUCGCUACGUUCCCGGAUUCCGUGGGGCAUUAAUGUCUUUCCUAUUUUUUGGCAACGAAACAAAAAAGCUACUGAAAGAGAGAGAACAAGCCCAAGAGGGACACUACAACGAUUUUCUACAGUUGAUGCUCACCGCCCAUACCAUGUCAGCAACCGAAAUUGGGGACGACGAAAAGGAGGUUCAAAGUUGGAAGAAAAAAUCUCUAACGACCGAGGAAAUUGCCGGCAACGGGAUGAUAUUCUUUAGUGCAGGGCAUGGCACCACAAGUGAUACCUUGGGGUUUACGACAUAUCUCUUAGCGGCCCACCCCGACGUCCAGCAACGACUCAUCGAGGAGAUUGAUGACGUUCUUCAAGGCACGGAACCCAGCUACGACAACGUGUCAAAGUUGACCUAUCUAGAGCAGGUCUUAAACGAGGCAAUGAGGCUGUAUCCCGUAGGGUUUCGCGUAGAUCGCGUCCCGAACCAAGACACCACAGUAAACGGGUUAUUCAUCCCCAAGGGGACAUGCGUGAUUAUUCCGAUCUACGCUAUCCACAUGGAUCCUGAAAAGUAUCCAGACCCCGAGAAAUUCGACCCAGAGCGAUUCACACCGGAGGCCAAAGCAAAACGGAACCCCUACUGGUACAUGCCCUUCGGAAUGGGCCCCCGCAACUGUAUUGGUAUGCGUCUGGCCCUGCUGGAGAUGAAGAUUAUCCUUGUGAAGGUCCUGCAGAACUUCACUUUGAAGACAUGCGCGGAGACACAAAUCCCACUGGUUCUCUCUACAUCAAAUCCAAUGAAACCCGAAAAGCCAAUAGUAUUGAAAGUAGAGGGUAGAAAUGCGUAAAUUGAAUGCCAUGUUUGUCAAUAAUGUUAAUUUUUUUUCAUUCGGAGGCACUCUAUACGGGAUUUCCCCACCAAAAUGAAUUUCCUUGGCCGUACCUGUAAUUUGAUUAUUUACUUGAACAUGAUUGGCCCUUCCUUUAGAAUGGUAUGUGUCUUCUCAGACCUUCACCGGGAAUAGCCUACUUUUCACAUCAUAACACACAAAAAAAUUGCAGCCCUGUGUCGCGUGUAAUACACACGUUGCGAGCUGUCAAAUUACCUGACAAUGUUUAAAUAACAGGCACUUCAGAUAAAAUUUCAUUUUUGGAUUUUUAUCGUUUUGACUGUCUAAAAUAAGGACGUGCAGGUUUCCCAAGAUCGGACUGACUGUACGGAAUUUUCAAUCACGCGCAGAGUACCUUUAAACACGUAGGCCUACUUUUCCCAUCAUAUUAAACUGUAAAAGUUGAUUUUAAGCAUCGUCUUUGAGUCAACAUGGUAAUGGAUUUUUUUAAAUUGCUUAGGGCAACGAUGUACUUCAAUUUUGUUAAGGUGACCUUUAGAUAAGCACUUGCUCAUGCAGAAUGUUAUAGAAUUGUAUUUAAUGUACUAAAUGUAUUUUAUAUAGGCUAAUUGAACACCGUGAGAAAAACCAAUGUUAUCUUAGACUAUGACGAUUCCAACAUUCUCACUACAAUUUAUACAAAAAUUACUGACAGCAACAUUUAAAAACAACGUACCAAGAAAAGCACAAUUGCCAUGUUUAUCUCACGUUUUGUUUUUGUGUAGAAUCUGUUGUCGUUACCCAGCUUUGGAAAUUCCUAUAUAACUAAGAGUGACAUAUAUACGGAUAGAUACAUAUAUUUUACACUUUAAAUUUUGAAUAGAUGUAAGUUGGCUAAUGUUUUAUCCUAUACGUUUAUCAGAUAUGUUUAUGGAGUAUAAUAUGAGGUAACAACUCCUGCUUCGGACUUGGGUACCUAUUAUACAGUGUUUAUACAACCAAGAGUUGCAUAUUAUGUUAGGAUAAAGGCUGGCAUAUGUCUGUUCUACACUCUUGAUUAAAAUGUUUGUUCCACCUUUAUUCUUAUAUAAAUGAUUGUAUGGCAGCUUUAAA